AUGGAUCCGAAACGCCGUCUUGAUCAGAACAGCGGAAAGGAACAAAUUUCUGGUGUCAAGGUCGGAACACCUAGUGAAAUUCCCGAGGAAAGCAACAAUGAAAUGAGCAAACACCAGGAAACACCAGGUCUGCCUGGCAGCAAAGCAGGUAACAAUACAACAUCGGUCAGAAAGCACUCCCAUAACACCAGCCAGCAGCCAAUAAGUCAAGGCUUCCCAAGAAGCCACCCAUCCAUUGGCCACCAUUGCUUACAGAGCUCUAAAACUCUCCAAGUGCCUCCUUCAAAUGAAGCUAGCACCAAGGAUACCAAACCUUUGUUAAGCCCAAGAACAGGCAAAGAACUGCAUAGCAACUUUAACCAGACAAGUCCCCAUUGGGAAAAGAAACCUCUUGCAGAAGUCCUGAGCCCUUGUAGUAACAAACGGCAGGUAAACAAAGAUUCUGAGAGAGAUGGGAGAGGUGCAAAAGAAGGUACAGCUCCUCCUGGGGGCUCGGAGCCUGAAGAGUCUUCCUUGUAUAAAUUGGUCCCGAGCUUCCAGUUUUUAGUGGGGCAGGAUUGUGAGAGCGGCAGUCAACCAUCGGCAGUCGCAGAAUCCAAGUACAGGAACCAGUCUCCGGAAAGAAACAGAGCUUACCCACUCCAGCAACCUAACAAAGCUAAAACUGAAGAAAGCGCCGUUUGGAUUUGCCCGCGAACAGGCAAGGAGCUUAGAUGCAGUGCUACUCAAACAACUUUCUUUUGGGAUGGAAAAACUCUUUCAGAGUACCUGCAUUCUACAGGCAGAAAGGCAAGUGGCCCAGAAAUCAAGCAGUUGAUGCAAGCGUUUCCUAGCAGCCACCAACAGCUAGCGGAUCCGGGAUCUCAGCAGAGCAGUCAACAAUCAAUUGAGCAAAGAUACCUCCAGAGCAAAACAACUAAGCAGCUGCAGCAAACGAAAUACCGCAUCACAAAUGAAGAAGUCUCUGAUGUCCAGGAGGAAAAACCUAACAGUGAAAUUAAUGAGGAGAGUAACAAUGAAAGUAAUGAACCUCAGGAAAGUGAAGUUGCUGGUGAAGAAGAAAAGGGAGAAGCCCAAGAGAAAACAACUGCAGAUAUAGAGGUUGAGGAACAGCCUCAGAACCCAAGCCAGCAGCAAGAUGUUCCUGGUGAAGAAGAAAAGGGAGAAGCCCAAGAGGAAACAACUGCAGAUAUAGAGGUUGAGGAACAGCCUCAGAACCCAAGCCAGCAGCAAGAUGUUCCUGGUGAAGAAGAAAAGGGAGAAGCCCAAGAGGAAACAACUGCAGAUAAUGAGGUUGAGGAACAGGCUCAGAACCCAAACCAGGGUGUUCCUGGAAUCCAAAGUAGUAUUGCCAGGCAACAGUCCCAUGUCAAAAGGCAGCCGUCCUUAAGCCAGAGCUUCCAAAGAAGUCCCUCAUCCACUGACCGCCGCACAUCCCAGCAGGUAAAAUCUCACAUGCCACUUACAAAUGUAGUUAGCUCCAGUGAUGGCAGAACUAUGAUAAACCCAAGAACAGGCAAAGAAGUGCACAGCAACUUAACGCAGACAAGUUCCGUUUGGGAAAAAAUACCUCUUGCGAAGAUCUUGUGUCCUGCUUGGACAACAGCUCAGGGAAACGAAGUCAUUGACUGGGAGACGAUGGACGCAAAUGAAGUUGUUGUGCACACUGAGGGCUGCCAACCUAUAGCAGAAGAAUCUCAGAACGGUGAUCAACCACCAGCAGGAACGGAAACAGAGGAAACAGGAUCCCAACAUGAUCAGCCGCCACCGGAGGAGGAAUCGGGGCAAAAAGAUCACCCGGCAGAGGAAGAGCUCUCACAGCAUGGGGAGCAGCAGCCGGUGGAGCAGCAAUUGGUGGAGGAGCAGCCAGUGGAGCAGCAACCGGUGGAGCAGCAGAACACAACUGAAGCUAACGCUGAGGAGGAUUCAGUUCGGGUUAGCCAAAAGACAGGCAAGAAAAUUAGAGACAGUACGAUUCAGACAAGUCGCAUCUGGGAAAAAAAGCCACUUUCAGAAAUUCUUCCACAUUCAGGGAACCAAGCGCUAUGUCCUGGCAGUACACAAAAACCAGAAGAUCAGAACUCCUUCUUUAAUUGGCCAGAUCCUUUUGAGUUCUAAUUGCUAUACCGUUCCCAUUGGUUUUUUUUGUGUUUUCAAAUGCCACUUCUUCUCCUGAUAGUUGGACAAUUUAAAUACUUGGGAGUGUUAUCCAGAUUAAAUGCUGUGAGAUAUC